AUGCAGCGCGAAGAGAAACAACAAGAAGCAAUUCUUGAUGCAAUUAUUAUGAGAGUAAAUGAAAUCAAAAACUCCAUAGGCCAUAUGAUAAUGAUUUUAGAAACUCAAUAUGAAACUAUUAACUGGCCUUCUUUUCUGGACAAUUUUGCUUUAUUAUCAAGUCAUCUUACAGGAUUAUCAAAAAUUCUCCAAGUUGAAAUGGGUCCUCAGUUGCGUAGCUUGACUGUGUUACCUUUGCUAUUAAUUCAAGAUAGAGACGAUGAACUAUGCAAGCUUACUGAAAAUCGUGUUCCAACAUUUUCUCAUGACUUAGUGCCAAAUAUGUUGAGGACAAAACCCGAACCAAGUGCUGAAUUGAAAAUGUUACAACUGGAGCAAAAGGCUGCUAGUUUAAAUUAUGACACUGCACAGAAACAAGUGGCUCAGUAUACAAAGGUAGUAACACACAUUUGGGAAAUAGUGAACAAAGCCAGGGAAGAAUGGGAAGUUGAAGCAUCUGCAAGAGGAGGAGCUCAACAAACAAGCAGUGUUGCUGACACAAAUACACUAGUCGCAGCAGUAGGAUUGGGAAAAGGUUUAAAGAUGAAUAUGGGUGGAAAUGGAUCUUCGGUAAGCCCAGCACCUGGCUCUGGAAUGAUGGUUUCCGGUGCUGGUCGUAGCAAUGCUCCAAUUGCUGGUCAGCAGCCGCAAAUGGUUAUGGGAAAAGCUCCUUCCGCAAUUAAAACAAAUAUUAAAAGUGCAAGUCAAGUACAUCCAUAUGGCAGAUGAAUUCUGUUGACCCAUCAUAUAGAUCAUGUAUAUAGCUCAUUGUAUAUAUGUUUUUGAAGUUGCAAAAACUAGUUUUACAAUAAUGUGGUUGCCACUUUUGGUUGAAGCUCUCGAAAAUGUG